GCAUUCAUUUCUUUGAUAAGAGAAAAUCUCCUGUCAGGGUCGGCUAUUAUAGAUUAAAGUCUAACACACAAAAUAACCCAUCCAACUUCAAUUAAUUUCAAUCUCCAGUUUGAAAUCCGCCGUAGACCACAAGUUAACAUUUUCCUUUCAAUAAUACUCACGAAUUAUUUAAUUCAAUUAGUGUUUUUGGGAUUGCAAAAAAAAAAAUAAAAUUUUUUCUUUAAAAUAUUGUUGGCUAGUAUGGGCAGAGGUAAGAUUCGUGUCUUUGGUUGUAACAAAAUGUGUGCAAGCAUUUCAGUUGUUCUAGUGGUUGGUAUUGUGACAACAUGUGUUAUUGGGUUCUUGGCAAAAAGGGCGUAUUCCUGCAGCGGAGCCAACUUUACGCUUUGUCAGCAUAUAGUUCAUCGGCAUGGAGAGAGGGCGCCGCUGAAGUCCUACCCCUUGGAUCCGUACAAAGGAGAAUCAUUUUGGCCAGAAGGCCUGGCGGCCCUGUUGCAAAAAGGCAAGGUUGGCAUGUUCGAAUGGGGGCGUUUUUUGAGACACCGCUACGGGUGGUUUCUCUCUGCCACUUAUAAACCCUCAGAGGUAUUCGUCCGCACGACUAAAACCGAUCGCCACAUCAUGAGUGCACAACUCACUUUGGCGGGACUAUAUCCUCCGAUUGGAAUUCAAGUUUGGAAUCCUGAUAUUCUUUGGCAACCAAUCCCGGUGCAUUCUCUUCCGAAAACUUGUGAUGACAUACUCCUGGUAACCAAACGCUGCGAUUUAUUAACGAAAGAAGAAAAGCAAUGGAAAACCCUCAUUCAAAAGCAACUAGAUGGACACGAUGACCUUUUAACUUAUCUUUCAAAAAGCACCGGACUUGAAGAAGUGAAAACUCUCGCGGAUAUAAGUUCCAUCUAUAACAAUUUAGAGGUUGUGGAGGAACAAGGACUAUUGAUGCCACAAUGGGCCCAAAAUGUUGAUCUUGAGGAACUUAAAUCGUUCGCUGAAAUCGAGUCUAUGCAACUUUUUAAAACCCCAACCAUGAUGAAACUUCAGACAGGGGUUUUAAUAAACGAAAUUGUAACAAAUAUGAUGCGGAAAAUGGAAGGAAGCGAAAACUUCUCGCGUCUUCUGAGUUUGUAUUCUGCUUCUGACCGCGUCCUGUCACGUCUAUGGAGAGGUCUGAAUAUAACUCGCGAAAUAAGCAGGCAGCAUUAUGGUGCCGCACUUAUUACUGAAUUACACGAAAUCAAUGACAGAUAUCGAGUGAGGAUACUACACAAAAGAGGAUCAUUUGAAGAUGAGUUAUCAAUACUGACAAUUCAAGGAUGUGAAGAGGGCUCGUUUUCAGAACUGGAUGAAAUGUGCGAUCUUGAUACCUUUUCAUCCGUGUUGCAGCCGAUCAUGAUCACCGAUUUUGAUGAAGCAUGUCAAAACCCACAAUAAAGUGCCAUAAGGUGUGUCUCGUAGA